AUGCAUAUUUUGGUUAUUAUAGGGAGACCAGUAUGUGAUAAUAAUACUUGUGUUCAUGGGAAGUGCAUUGAAGUUAGUCAAUCUGAAUUUCGUUGUGAUUGCACUGGAACACUUUACACUGGUGAGAGAUGCCAUCGUGGUCUCAUUCUUGUUCCUGAUAUUGGAGAAUUGUCGUUUCGUGAAACUUUUGAUUUACAAAUAACGACAGCUGUACCUAACGAAACAUUUACAUUAGCUUUACGUGAAUCUUGUACAUCUGGUGGUGGUGGACUGUUUGUUCAGCCUUGUCAGGUUAAAUUUGGACCAUCAUCAACAACAGCUACUUCUACUAUAAUUGGUGGUUUUCCAGGAAUAUAUUAUUUGAAUUUUAAUGUAAAAGGACCCAGUGCAACCGACUUUGAAGUCCCACCACCUGUGGCAGUCAUUGUCAGAAGUGGACGAAGCCCUUAUUAUUUCACAAAAUUAGACAGUCCAUAUGUAUACAAUAGCUGCUGUGAACUUGAAGAAUCACAGAUGCCUCUUUUAAAAUGUGAGUCAAAUCCACGAGCUAGUGUUCAGUUUACAUCUUCUUGCUCUUGGGAGUCUUUGGGAUCCAGUGGUUGGAAGACUAGUGGAAUCAUAUUUUCUAAUUAUAACAACUUGUCUUUACCUGUUUCUGUUGCUGGGAUAGAAAUGUCAAAAAGAGAUUCUUCGCUUUCUCUUAAUGUACCAGCUACCAAACAGUUUCAAAAAUGUGAAAGACAUUGCAAUGGUGUUUUAAAAGAACUCUCUGAUGAUGAGAAGUGCUAUGAAUAUAUGCCUACAACUGAGGAUUUGAGUGAAUUUGCAUCAAAACAGUCACUAACUGAAACUUUCCUUGCUGAAGCACAGUUAAAACUACUGCCAAAGUGGCUGAAAUUGAUUGUACCAGAUGACAGUAAUGCACUUAAGAAGCUGGUUGAAGCUGAUUACCGUGUAUCAAUUGCGUCUGAAACUGAAGUACUUCAACUAGUUGGGUGUGAAUCUCUCCUUCUUGAUAAGACUGGGCAAUUUAGUGUACUGCUUCAUAAUGGGCCACUGGGUAUAGACAUAAGUACAUCAACACUAAACACUGAACAACAGUCCCUAUCUGCUCCAAAUAAAGGAUCAUUCUACUGUAUUGCUGUUGAUUUAUGCUCUGGGGAUGCAUCUCCACUCUAUCUUUCUGUUCCUCAAUUGAUACAAAAAGAUAUUGUGAGGAUUAGCUUUUUAAAUAAAUUUAUUAGAAAAGGAUGGAGCUUUAAAAUGCAGAGCUUUAUAUUUUGGGAAAAUUUUGUGAAGAUUAAUGAUGUUCCAACAUUCUAUUAUUGGAAUGGACUGACUCAUAAUUACGAGUUACCUAUGCAAGAAUCUGACGUGAAAAUAAAAAUGGCAUCAACUGGUUUGUUUAGUUAUGGAGAGACAAACGUCUCAUUUAGUUUUGAUGGUAAUGUAUCAUACAAGUAUACCUUGAAAAGAAGUGAUGCUGAUGACAUGCUAUCAUUUGGUGAGUAUUCUCUGAAAGUGACAACAAAACUUCAUGGAAAGCAUGAAUCUCUUUCACUUCAAAAUGUAUCAUCUUCAGCAUUCAUUCACUUCCAAGAUCCUGUUACAUUCAGCUGUUCAACUGGAGCAAUCCCAUCUGGAAUAUCUUUUAAACUCUCUUACAGGGUCGAAUCAACAGAUGGGUUUUUCUUCAAUUUUUUUCAACUACCAUAUGAUACUUCCCACUGUCCAAUAGAUAUGUUUAUGAACCUUAAUUCUCUUCAAGAAAUGAAUGGUCUCAGUUUUUAUUCAAACUGCUUAGAGCUAGUUUAUGACUCACUGGUUUUAGGUAUGCUAUCACACAAGUUCUACAUACCAAUGGAUUCCAAUACAUUAUGUAUUGAUCCUCGUGAUUUCACAAACUAUUUUCCUACUCCUUCUUCAUUUGGGUUAUGGGUACAGUCAUCUCUCUUUCCUAGCCACUUGUCAUAUUAUCAACUGAAUCCACUUUUCAAGCUCCAACCUGGAAAAGACAGGAUUACAGUCUCAUUAGGUUUCUCAGGCUUUGCUAAUGAAAAGGUUGGACUCCUUCAUUCUGUUGAAAUUGCAGUCCUUGAUGGGAUUUUUGAGUCUCCUAUCAUCUUAAGAGACAAAGAACUCUCCUUUACUGGCUCAACUGUAAUAUUCAACAAUGAAUUUUACCUUGCAGAACUUAAAGGAGCUUCACCAACAACCACUUCAUGGAAACAAAUGAUGAUUUCAAUUGACGGUUGGUUUCCACGUUCUGAUGAUAGAUUCCUUGUUAGGUUGGAAGGGAGCAUUAGACAGCAUCUGAGAAACAUAGCAAAUAGAGCCAGAAUGAGACUUGGAACUGCUAAUGAUGAGGUCAGUGCUGCUAGUGAUGGAGUAAUGGCUGCAGCUACAGCUUUAGGAGAUGCACAAAGUCAAUUCACUAUUGCUGAACAAGAAUAUAAACAAAGACUAAGUAGUAAAAACAGACUAGAGUCUGAACUAGUUGAAGCUGAAGAAGUUUUACAGAAUGCCACCGGUGAAUUGAAAAUGGCAGAAGAAGCUAUUGCUGAUUUGUGUGAAAUUGAAACUUGCACUCGUAUGUGUGUAAGCACAUCAAGACCUCAAAUAGUUACGGAGGAUGUUUAUAAAACUGAAACUGUGACAU